CCAAUUUAAGACUCAGUGUAGCAUUAACUAUUGUAUGCCCACUAAAGGAAUUAGCUACGCUGAAAGUCCAUACAAAUUGUGUUUUCAGUUCAAUUUUCAUAUCGAUAACGUAGUAUUCUCUAUUGUGUACUUCCAAGGUAUACAUAUGUUCAAGAUCGGUCUGAAGAAAUUACUCGUAUCGCUGGCCUCCAUUUCGGGAAUUGGAAAGCCAAGUGUUAGACACAUACUGGUAGUUGUUUUUCUGGAAUACUUCGCCUGGGGCCUUCUGACAAUGCCUAUGAUAGCCACCUUAAAGGAAACCUUCCCAGACCACACGUUCCUAAUGAACGGAUUAGUCAUGGGUGUCAAGGGAAUACUCUCGUUUCUAUCGGCGCCCCUGAUCGGAGCUUUAUCGGAUAUGUAUGGGCGGAAAGUGCUGCUCCUUAUAACAGUGAUCUUCACUUGCCUACCCAUCCCCAUGAUGACCAUCGAUAACUGGUGGUUCUUUGUGAUCAGUUCGAUCAGUGGAGUUUUGGGCGUUAGCUUCUCUGUGGUUUUUGCCUAUGUGGCGGAUGUCACCACAAAGGACGAGCGCUCUAGAUCCUGUGGACUGGUCUCGGCCACCUUUCCUGCCAGUUUGGUGAUUGCCCCAUUUUUGGGCAAUCUCAUUAUGGAUCUUUACGGAAUUAAUACUGUGGUGUUAGUAGCGACUUUGGUCUCCACAACAAACGUGAUGUUUGUACUUCUGGCUGUUCCCGAAAGUUUACUAAGAAACGUUAGAUCCACUGGAUUGAGCUGGAAACAAGCUGAUCCUUUUUUAGCCCUACGAAGAGUGGGUGCGGAUCCCAAUAUCCUGCUAUUGUGCAUAGUGGUAUUCAUGUUUCUACUUCCCGAAGCUGGGGAAUACUCCUGUGUACCAGCCUAUCUGAAACUAACAAUGGGAUUUGAUUUUAAGGAACUCUCCACGUUGGUGGCUUUAAUGGCUAUAUUAAGCAUUUCGAUAAACUUGACUUUGGGAUCUAUAGUGAAAACAUUGGGUGCCAAGAAAGUUAUAAUACUGGGAUUACUUCUGGAAAUGCUGCAUCUAAUACUGUACGCCAUAGGAUACGAAAAGUGGCAAAUGUGGCUAGCUGGCAAUGUAGCUGCCCUGAGUUCCAUCACUUUUCCUGCCGUGAGUUUCUAUUUAACCCUCUACACGGAUGGCGAAACUCAGGGAGCAGUUCAGGGAAUGAUCACGGGAAUGUCGGGAUUAUGCAGUGGACUUGGACCCGCCCUGUUUGGUAUCGUAUUCUACUUAUCCGACAUGGAUUUGAGUGAGGAUCGGAUUUUGAUAGGGAGUGUAAGUGGAGAACGCACAGUGGUCGGUCCCUUUAUGCUUGGAGCUAUCCCUGUGUUUAUUGGCAUUCUGUUGGCAUUGUAUAUCCCAGAUGAAAAGGUUUCCAAGGAAAAGAGAGGGGAAUUUUCCGCCCUAAAGUAUAUCAUUGAAAUGGAGGAGGCGUCCGUUUUAUAGUUUAAACAAAUCUUUAUUUAGAUAACUUGUUUACUUAAAAUUCUAGUUACAAAAACUUUAGUUAUAAAGCGUUGAAAUAAAUAAAUUGUAUAAUAUUAAGAAACAUUCAGUUUUGAGUCUACUUAUACAAGCUGUAAACUGAAUUAAGCUCAUAUUCUUUUUUUGUGAAUUUGUGAUUUAGUGGGUUAAAGCUUAGAAGCUAUGUCGAUCGUUGUCUUUAUUUAAUCAGCCACCUUAGCACAGCCUCUCAGUCGACGACCGCUUUUGUUUAUUUUGGUUAUGUUUUCUAAUUUCCUUGGCAUUACCCUGCUAUUUAUUUAUAAAUUUGGAUUUUUCUCUUCUUAUUUGUUUAGAAGCAGAAAAUUCACAACAGUUUGUUGACUCUUACGCAACAGUCUGGCUUUUUGUUUGUUUUGCCCAUCAACAUUGUCCAAUCAGUAGCAAAAGAAAUUGCCAAAAGAUAAUUUAUUAACAACAAUUGCAGAAACCCAAAAAUAGACCAAGCUGCCCUGAAGUCCCACGUAUAUUUCCCCAUCACUUGGCGAACGAUUGGCAAACGAGCGUUCCUGUUUGGCAGAUAAAUUCCCUCAUUUUUUUUUUCUUUGGUUUUUUUCAAACACAGGCGAAACCAAAAACUUUCCAUUUGAAAAAGCGAGAAUCCCAUUAAAUUUGUACGUAUGUAUGUAUGUAAAGCUAACCAAAGCGAGCCAUAAAGUUCAGAAAAUAGUGUGAUUAUACUGAAACACGUGCAGGCAAAAGCGAUUCUCUUACUCUCUUAGAGACCUGAAAAUAUGGGGAGAUUAUGAGAAAGAGUCUCACUGGCGUCGGCUGGGUAAAUAUUAUUUAGCAGAGGUGCAGGAGCGGAUUGAGUUGAAUUAGGGUGCUGAAGAGGGUGUUCAAAGGCACAGCUUUGUAGUUCAAUGGGUUCUAUAAAAAUGUAAAUAUCUUGUUAGGUGAUUAUUUUAAUUAUCUCGUUGCCAUCAUAUUAUCUGAUCUGAUUAGUUGGAUCUAUGCAUAAAUUUACCUAAUAAAUUAACGAGAGUUCAACCGCAUUGGUUGGUCUUGUUAAAAAAAAUGAUAUGAUAUAUGUGUAUAAACAGGUUUUUUGUAGUUUAGCUCAGAGAAAAUACCAUUUAAUGCCAAGCCAUUUAUGUAGCUCCCUUUCAGAAUAACCCGCCCGGUUGCAAAAUUUCAGUGACACAUAACUUUUAUCUCGCUAUGUUGGUUUUGUAUCUCGCUUUUGUUGGCUGUCAAACAAAUGCCUCCUUUUAGGUUUUUUCAGCCGCGUCUGGUUUCCUGCCAUUGGCCUUCAAUUUUGAUUCUUUGCCGAGCACUAUCAGCCCAACCAGUCAUACAAAUGUAUGGAACAUAUGCUCACACGAAUGCGGCAACCAGCCGCCUUGCACAUGUACAUAAAAAGCGAAACUAUUCCGUGAUUCAGGAGAGAAAUACUUUGUUGCUACACGGGGAGAAAUAUUGGGGUGGAAGCAACGGGUCGAAAUCGAUAAGCCUUGGCUUGAUAAGACGUCUGUGCCUCCCAGUCCCCCUCCCCAUUUCACUACUCUGCUAAAUGCGAUGCGAAUUUCUAUGGGUCUUAAUUAGCAUUGCGAAUGGCUGAUGACCGGGAAAACGGGGG